AAUCAGGCACGCUGCAGGGAGGAGGGUGCGACGUUCAAAGAGCCCGCGGAGUCUUGUCCACGCCCCUGCGCUCUGAGUCCUGGGUCUGUCGCUGAGAGAGAGACGCCCUGGAAGGUCUGUAUCAGCGUCUGUCUCGCCGGGACCCACACUGGACGCUGGCUUAUAGGGAGGACACCCGGACACCAAGAAGCCGGGAAAUGGACUCAGUGGCCUUUGAAGAUGUGGCUGUGAACUUCACACAAGAGGAGUGGGCUUUGCUGGGUCCAUCACAGAAGAGUCUCUACAGAAAUGUCAUGCAGGAAACCAUUAGGAAUCUGGACUGUAUAGAAACGAAAUGGGAGGACCAGAACAUUGGAGAUCAGUGCCAAAAUCCCAGGAGAAAUCUAAGAAGUCAUACAUGUGAAAUUAAAGAUGAUAGUCAAUGUGGAGAAACUUUUGGCCACGUUCCAGAUAGUAUUGUGAACAAGAACACUCCUCAAGUAAAUCCAUGUGACAGCAGUGGGUGUGGAGAAGUCGCCAUGGGUCAUUCAUCUCUUAAUUGCAACAUCAGAGUUGACACUGGACACAAAUCAUGUGAGCAUCAGGAAUAUGGAGAGAAGCCAUAUACACAUAAACAACGUGGGAAAACCAUCAAUCAUCAGCAUUCCUUUCAGACACAUGAAAGGCCUCCCACCGGAAAGAAACCCUUCGAUUGUAAAGAAUGUGCAAAAACCUUCAGUUCUCUUGGAAACCUUCGCAGACACAUGGCGGCACACCAUGGAGAUGGACCUUAUAAAUGUAAGUUGUGUGGGAAAGCCUUUGUUUGGCCCAGUUUAUUUCAUUUGCACGAAAGAACGCACACUGGAGAGAAACCGUAUGAAUGUAAGCAGUGUUCCAAAGCCUUUCCUUUUUACAGUUCCUAUCUAAGACAUGAGAGAAUCCACACGGGAGAGAAAGCGUAUGAAUGUAAACAGUGUUCCAAAGCCUUUCCUGAUUACAGUACCUAUCUAAGACAUGAAAGAACUCACACCGGAGAGAAACCCUAUAAAUGUACACAAUGUGGGAAAGCCUUCAGCUGUUACUAUUACACUCGACUCCACGAAAGGACUCACACGGGAGAACAACCCUAUGCGUGUCAGCAAUGUGGGAAAACGUUUUAUCAUCACACAAGCUUUCGAAGACACAUGAUAAGGCACACUGGAGAUGGACCUCAUAAAUGUAAGAUAUGUGGGAAAGGCUUUGAUUGUCCUAGUUCGGUUCGAAAUCAUGAAACGACUCACACUGGAGAGAAACUCUAUGAAUGUAAGCAGUGUGGGAAAGUUUUAUCUCAUAGCUCAAGCUUUCGAAGUCACAUGAUAACACACACAGGAGAUGGACCCCAGAAAUGCAAGAUAUGUGGGAAAGCCUUCGGUUGUCCCAGUUUAUUUCAAAGACACGAAAGGACUCACACUGGAGAGAAACCCUAUCAAUGUAAACAAUGUGGUAAAGCCUUCAGUCUGUCCGGUUCCCUUCGAAGACAUGAAGCAACUCACACUGGAGUGAAACCGUAUAAAUGUAAAUGUGGGAAAGCCUUUAGCGAUCUCUCUUCCUUUCAAAAUCAUGAGACAACGCACACUGGAGAGAAGCCGUAUGAGUGUAAGGAAUGUGGGAAAGCGUUCAGUUGUUUCAAAUACCUUUCUCAGCAUAAAAGGAUCCACACAGUAGAAAAACCUUAUGAGUGUAAAACAUGUAGGAAAGCCUUCAGUCAUUUCAGUAACUUAAAAGUCCACGAAAGGAUUCACUCUGGAGAGAAGCCGUAUGAAUGUAAGGAAUGUGGGAAAGCAUUCUCUUGGCUCACUUGCCUUCUAAGACAUGAAAGAAUUCACACUGGAGAGAAACCCUAUGAAUGUCUCCAAUGUGGUAAAGCCUUCACUCGUUCCCGUUUCCUUCGAGGACAUGAAAAAACUCACACUGGAGAGAAGCUGUAUGAAUGUAAGGAAUGUGGGAAGGCACUGAGUUCUCUCCGUUCCUUGCAUAGACAUAAAAGGACUCACUGGAAAGAUACUCUGUAAAUGUAUGGAAUGUGGGAAAACAUUCAGUACUUUUAUUCAAUUUCAGAAACUGAAAGAACUCACUUUGGAGAUAGACCCUAUGAAUGUAAACACGGGAUAAAGCCUUAAGUAGUUUCAAUUUUUUUUUU